CAUAUUUAUGGUUGCAUGUUUUUAGAAUAUUUAGACUGUUGUUAAAAAAUGUUGCGCUUUUUUGCGCCAGUAUUUGCGACAGUUUGUACCGUAGAAACAGCUCAACUGCAACCAAGGCAGAAAAUUAAAAAGGUGGUCUGAGAAAUGAGAGAAUGUUGAAAUGCUGUUUAAAUGUCAUCUUGAAUAUAAUAUAGAUUCGAGAAUUGGGGUGGAGUUUGUCAACAAACUAGAAGUGCCUAGAACAUGAGCUUCCACAUGUGUGCAUUCCCUCUCAGACAAACAGACAGACAGACAGACAGAUAAAUAGAUAGAAUCAGAUUUCAGCUGUCACAUCAUGGGAUAAUCAGAAUCAAUCUGCCGGGUUCUUGUAGAUUAUUAAGGCAUGGCUUGUGCCCUGGGUCGCCGCCUGGUUGCGUGCCUUCUGAACAUCUCUGAAGCUCGGGAAAGAGAUGUGGUGGAGAAAGUGGCACAGGCAGCCAUCAGCCACCAGCUUGGAGGAAGACGUAAAGGCACAACCGUCCUGAACAUCUUCAGUGAUCACGAUUACAACCGUUCGGUUCUUACCAUAGUAGCCGACCUUGAGAUGAUCGGAGAAGCGGUCCUUUCGGCAUCAGAGCGGGCGUUCUCAUUGAUCGACAUGACUGCGCAUGACGGUAUUCACCCGUGCAUGGGAGCCGUGGACCUUCUGCCCUUGUACCCCCUGGGGAAGGAGGUGAGCUUGGAGGAUUGUGGAAAGGAGGCUCGAGCUAUAGGCACUGCUCUGACCGAGAGGAUCCCAGGAACCAGCGUGUUUUUCUUUGGCUGGGCAGAUAUACCGCUGCAUCGUGGCCUUGCACAUAGGAGGAAAGAGAUGGGCUGGUUCAAGAAGGGUUCCAACAUGGCUGCCGUCCAGCCAGAUGUUGGACCACCGCCUAUGAGACGAUUUGGCCUAACAGGAAUCGGCACAAGCCCAUACGUAAUGAACUGCAACGUGACCAUCGAAACCCAAGAUGUAUCGCUAGGCCGCGACGUGGCCGCAGCCAUCCGAGAGUCCAGUCCGAGUGGAAUCCCGGGAGUGCAGGUCCUAGCCCUUCCUCACAAGGGUGCUGUGGAAAUCGCCUAAGUAGAAAGCGUACCAGGUUCAGCUUCUGGACGAGAAUCAUGGCCAGCGUUCAGAAUCGGAGAUUGGGAAUUCUGCCACGCCCCGGCAUCGCUCAUUACCACGCGAGUACAGGAACUGGCCGGACGCCAGGGUGUAAAGACGCAGGGAACGGCGCUGGUUGGGUUCACCCCACUCGAGUGCAAGAAUCUGGCCGAAAUAGCACUGUCCCGGGAUAUCGGAGAGUUCUGGAAGGAGCUACACGGAGUGCGCAUGUAAUCUCAUGUAUUGGAGGUUACACUACAGCUCUGGUGCUUUACUUGGUUUGAAGAAUAAUCAGUUCCUAUACUGUAUUAUGUCUUGGGCUGUACUUAACGAUCCAAAAGUAGUGUUCAGGAAACACUUUCAUUAGCGGAGCUCUAGAUUUUGUGAUGGACACACAUUAAUAUAUGUAAUAAUAAUGUUUUUCUGGCUGUGA